CAGCCAUGCUAACAGCUGAUUGCGACCUCACGGUUUCGCUUAUAAUACGAGCAGCAAUGGCAAGUUCAACAGUUUUACAACGCACUCAAGGCCAAAUCUGGAAAUUCAAUAAGGCGCAUUUCAUCAAACCACAAACCAAAGUACUUCCCUUGUAACAUUAACUAACAAAUAUGAUACACAAAUUACCUAUCUACGUCAGCGGUGAAAUCGUUCGUGGAUUUGGUCGUGGCUCCAAGGAGCUAGGUAUUCCAACAGCAAACUUUUCACUGGAUGUGGUAAAGUCUCUACCCGAAUCCCUACAAACUGGAGUUUACUAUGGGUGGGCCAAAGUAAAUGACAGCGAAGUGUACAAAAUGGUACUAAGCGUGGGAUGGAAUCCUUUCUACAAUAACAAGGAAAAGAGUUUAGAAACGCACAUUAUGCAUAAAUUCGACUGUGAUUUGUAUGGCCGCACAUUAAAGAUCUGCAUUGUUGGAUAUCUGAGACCGGAACAAAACUUCAAGUCUCUAGAUGACUUAAUCAAGGCUAUAAAGUCGGAUAUAGAAAAAGCAACAACAUUACUCGACACGGCAGAAAAUCAGAAACUACAACAUGCUCCUUUCUUUUCAACGAAACAUUAAAACUCCCAUUGAUUGCGAUCGACAAGUUGAUUAAAUUUUAUCAUUCAGGUACUUAAAAGACGCAAAGUUCCAAGAUUCACGUACUUGAUAGAAAAUAGAACUUAUUUAAAACAAAUUUCGAUUUUGAGUUAAAAACAAUUAGUUCUGUGACGAAGCUUGAUUGAUUAAUUUGCAGCGGCACGUCGGAAAACUUAAGUGGAGGUACUUGACUACUAAAUGCCCUAUGAUAGAUAAUUUUUGAAUAUGUGAUUAGCCACUUAACAAACU